UGAAUAAAAUAGUGAUAUAAAUUUGAAAAUUUUAAAUUUUGAAGCUCUGAAUUACGACUGAAGUUAAAAGACAAUUAGCAAUUUUCGGAUUUUUUUUUUUAACUCGUCAAUUAAAAAAUAAAAACUCAAAAUAUGCACAUGAAGAAAAUUAAAAAAACUGUAGGUGCAAUUUUUUAAAUAUUUUUUUUUUCAUAAUUUGUUGUUUUUAAAAAAAUCUUUAAAUUUUAAGACGUCGGCCAACUUCAUUUUCAUUUCGAAUUCGAUAAAUUUUUACUCAGUGAUAAAAAUUACGCGCAUGAUUAUGGUGAGGCUCAAAUUCAUGAAAUAUUUGAAUUUUUUUUUGUAUUGAUAAAUAAAUGCAUACAUAUGUUAAUAAAUGUAAUGAAAAAUGUGGCGUUUGGAAGCAAGUGAAGUGAAGUAAAGCAAAGUAAAGACAUGAAAAAGCCAAGACACUCUUUAAAGUCGUUUUACGCGGCGCGCAACCAAGCGCAACUCUACUCGGUGAGUUUAAAGACAGCUCACAACCGCCUCAUGAUGUCUUGCGUGGCCAUGCGUCGUUCACUACGUUUCUUACCACCAUCGUGGUAUCACCAACUCUACCCGUCUCUAUCUUCAUCAUUAUUAUUAUCACCAUUUUUCCAUUACCAUCAUUACCAAUUACCGCUAUCACUACCACCAUUACCACUAUCAUUAUCAUUCCAACCCUCAACGCCAUUUUACCCCCUCCCCCUCUGAGUUAUUUUUAAAUAAAUUUAGUUUUUUACCACAAAUUUUUUUUCUUCAACUGGAAAUUUAUUUUUACAAUUUUUUUUUUUUUUUUUUUUAAAUUAUAUAUUAGUAUAAAAAUGUAUGUAAAGUGGAAAGUGUGAAAGUGAUUACGUGUUAUAGUGGUUUAUUUAUUUUUUUUUUUUAAAUCAAAAUUUUAAUUUUUUGGAAGCAAAAGUGGAAAAAAAUUCAAGUGACAAAUAAAUGAAAAUAAAAAUUAAAAAAAAAAUAAGUGAAGAAAAUUUAACACGAUAAUUUAAAAAAAAAAAUCUUAGCCGGAGGGUUAUAAUAGUAUAAGAAAAACUUGUAUAUAUUUGCACGUAUAAGGGCGAGAAGAUAUAAGAAAGUGUAAGGAAAGGAAUAAAAAAAAAUGUAAAAUAAAAUAUAGAGAAGAUAUGAGAACUGGCAGUAGUUAUGCGCUCAAAUUAUGCGUCUUGGUUGUUGUUAAGGAUGCACGAUUAUCAUACAACAACAAGAUCAUCGAAGAAUCAGAAGCACAAAUAUCUGUAUCAAGAUGGCCAUAAGAAUUCAGAUAAUUAUAUCAAGAUUACGGGAAAUACCGUCGAAUUUACAUGAUUGAUAGACCAGUCGGCGAAUUAAAUUGAAAUUUAAAAAAAACGUGAGAACCAUGGACAAAAUAUAUAAAUUUAAAUUAGACGAAGCCUGUCACAGAUGGAAAAUUUUAAAUCCCAAGAAGUGGACGUGGAGUCAAUUAAAUUGUCCCUAAGUAAAUUAAUAAUUAAUAAUAAUAGUAAUAAUAUUAAUAAUAAUGAUAAUAAUAAAAAGUGGUUAAUUGUAAUAAUUGUAAUUUAUAUUUUUUUAAUUUAUUGUCAUUGUGUAAUUGACAAUAAUUGUGAUACUUACAAUUACAUUUAUAACAAUUUAAUAGUGACAUUACGGUUUCAUUGAGUGUAAUGACAUUAAGUCAUUUAUGUAUUUAGGAAGUGAUGAGUGACGCAAAUAACUCUGCAAUUUUUUUUUUAUUUCUGAUUUAAAAUUUAUUUUUUUUUUAUUUCUCUUUUUUUUUUUGUUGGUUUAAAUAAACGGCGCGAGUAAAAAUUAAACGACAAGGAGAAGUUGUACAACGGCCUUAUUGCUGGCCUGGCCAGCUACUAUGCGAAUUGCAGAUCUUCGAAUUCUCAUUGCGGUGGUUUGGCUGACCGCACUCCUGUCACAGCGGUUUGUUGACGCCAGCAACGAAACACGUGAUAAUUUAACGCGCAGUAUUCGCGAUACAUCUUUCCACGGAGCUUCUUUAUGGUCACAAGAAGAUCAAAUGAAUAAACGUCCAUUAGGAUUAACAUACCGCGAAAUGCAAAACGUAUUGCGACACGAAGGCGGCGAAGAAGGUUUGCCCGUCGACUGUUGUCCGACAGUUAAAGAAAUAAUUGAACCUAUUGGAGGAAGAAAUCGGGAUGAAAUGUACGUCGAGUUGUACAGAAAUGAUGAUCAAGUCCAGAGGUUUUACGAGUACUCGUGCCGACAGGACGUCCUGGACAAACCCUGUCGAUUUAUCGACCGUAAGUUGAUGAAUCAGUCAAGAUGUGUACAAAAAUAUUCAUACUCUUAUGCUAUGGUUAGAGAUCCGUCUGCCGAAAUUACAACUAUGGAAAGUGGGAAUACGGAACAUCAUCACAGGCAUCGGCACAAAGAUCAUCAUUUUCCAACAUUCGGUUACGGCUCACCCUGGACACUAGAUCACAUUCGCGUGAGAAGCGGAUGCAGCUGUGAAAUUUCACCUAAGCCCAAAAAAAAACGACCCUCAAGUAUAAAAACUAAAAAAAUAAAACAUAGGCCGUCUAAAAAAAAAGAUGAUUUUACAAUAAAUUCAGAUACGUAAUUAAUUAAUUAAUCAACCAAACGCCUUAGAUUAUUUAUUAAUUUUUGUUACCAAUUAUUUAAUCACUUUUAAUUAAUUAAUUAUAAAAAUAAUAUUAAUAAUUAAUUUUAAAUUGCAAGUCGAAAUCAUGCUAAUCAUUAAUUUUUUUUUUUUAUUAAAAAUAAAUUUAUUUAUUAAUUUUUAAUGUUACCUAUAAUUAUUUUUUUAACGCGGCCAGUUCUUAACAAUUUACAAUUAAAAUAGUAAUGGCUAACUAAUUAUUUUAUUUUAUUUAAUUAAUUAUAGAGAAAUUGAAAGUAAGAAAAUUUUUUAUUUUGACUGAUUAGAGAUUUUUAUUUAUUAAUAAAAAUAAAAAUAAUCAAAAACCUGAAUAUAAUCAUGACAAUGAAUAGAAUUAGUGAUUAAAAAAAAAUUCGGUGAUAAGAGCGUGUUUGGUUCCGUGAGCCGAAGGCUAGUGGAGCAAACGCCGACUCAUACUCCGUUUUUGAGGUUAACUCCGAUAGUUAUCGAAAAAUUUAAUACGUAAAUUAUGUUUUUUUAGUAUUCUAUUAUUAAAUAGAGUGAAUUGAGUCGACUAGAGUAAAAUGGAAUAAAAAAUUGAGGGAAUAAUUUUUUUGAUGAAUUACAGUAGGAAAAAAAAAAUUUUAGCUUGUCCAUUUUACCCCAGCAUACUCAAUUUUUAAUACCGUCCUGCUUGAAAAAAAAACUUAUACACGCACUAAUUAUUAUUAAUAUCUUUUUAUAUAUUUUUAAUUUUUUUAUUUACUGCCAUGUAAAAAACAUUGUAAAUAAUUAAUUUAAUUAUGAAAAUAAAUAUAUAGAAUAAAUAUAGAAAAUUUUUUUG